AUUACACAGGAGGAAUACAAGAAAAUGUUAGUAAGGAAUUUAUAAAAUACAAUCGAAUCGGAUCAGUUUGGGCACGGUUUGAGUAAACUACAUUCAUGCUACUCCUUUGAAUUCACUGCGCAACGUUAAUCAGGAUCAUGGCUUGGUGAUUGUCGAAGUGGAGAUUAUGACCGGACCAGAAGUUUUUUUUUUGUUUUUUUUGAUAAAAAUGACCGGACCAGAAGUUGGUGAACGAAUAUUACUCCCUAGGAUACAGCUAAGCCCAACUGACAGCAUACAUCCUUUUAACUUCGUAGACGGCAAUACCCAAUCCGACUUAGCUAUGCCAUGACAAUAAAUAAAAGUCAAGGCCAAAGCCUAAAGCAAGUCAGCUUUAUAUCUUCCCCGGCCUGUAUUUACCCAUGGACAGUUUUAUGUUACCAUGUCUCGAUUGACAACACCAGAAGGCUUAAAAUAUUAGACGAAAGCUCCUAUAAAGACGGUGAGAAGCUGACUUGAGCAGGUCUUCUGUGUUUGAAGCUUCUUUGAGAGCCACUCUGGCUAGACUAAACUCCAGCUUGUCUAUUUCACUAUUUGGCACAAAUCUGGAUCAGAACCUGUCACAUUUGACAAGUGAACAAACAGCUGGAGAUUUGUCUAUGGCUGGACGAGCUUCCCUGGAUGUGGCAGCUAUUCGGUUGGUUGAUGUUCCGGAGAAGGCUCGCAAACUCCUAAACCUGUUGGAACAGUCAAAAGAUCCAAGGUUCCACGCACUGCCUUUGGCAUCUCAGAGAGUAGCUGCGUUUGAGGACACAGUGAACAAACUUGUAUAUGACAUCCUCAUAUCAAAAGUCAGGCAAAGACUCGGGGAAGUAUCUCGCCUACCAAUCUGGUCUUCUGUGGAGGAACAAACUGCGUUUGCUCUACCAAACUUCAGCUCAUACCCUCAGGCUUACGUUACAAGCGUUGGAUAAUAUCUCCUGACUUUACCUCAGCAGCUUGAGCCUCUAGCUGAAGGAAUCUCAACCAAUGGUGAUUCAAACAACGAGGACGCACAGUUCUUUGCAACCGAGUGGAUGUUCAAGGUAGCAGAAGGCGCAACGGCUCUGUACAUGGAGCAACUGAGAGGAAUCCAAUACAUUUCAGACCGAGGAGCACAGCAACUGUGUAUAGAUAUAGAGUACUUGAGCAAUGUGCUUGCAGCCUUGUCCAUGCCGAUUCCUCCUGUGCUUGCAACUUUCCAGACGUGUGUGGCUACACCAAGAGAUGAGCUCAAAGAUGUGAUGAAAUCAGACGCUGGUAGUGAACUUGAUUUCCCUACGGGUAAUCUUGUUUGUAAGAUGCGUCGUAUCAGUUUCGAUUAGUCUCUGAACUCUCAAAAACAUGCUUUUGUGCCCUACGAAGAGGACCAUGCUAACUAAUUUGUUCGGCUGGCCAUUGUCAUAUUUGUAUUACACAUUUCCACGUUUUGAUGCUAUCAUAGGACAAGUUUCUUUGUUUUCUUAAUAUAAUGUAAUAAAGUUAUACCCCCAUCUGGUUUAAACAAGGAAGUUUUUGAUGUUUAAAAAUAGAAGAUGUUUCCAUUUUUUCAAUGUAAUUUUUACUUUUAUCAAAAAUUUCAUAACUAAUGAUAUUUUGUAGUUUAUUUUAUUAUUGAAUGAACAAUUUUCAAUUUAUAUUUUAAUAAUACUUUUUAGAUAAAAACAAGUUUCAGGGUAAUUAUGCACCAACUUAAGAAUUCAUGUAGGUUGAAAGCGAGAAAGUAAUUAAACUCUUAGUUAUGCAAUACUAGGGCAAGCUCGCGCUUCGCGCGGGAUUUUGACGUAAUUAAGUGUUUAGAUCGACAUAUUUUUAUUUUCAAAAGCAUAAUUUUCUGUUUUUGUGAAACAUUAUUUACAUGUGAUCUUUAUUUAUAUAAUAUCUAAUGAUAUCUAGAGCUGAAUUAGCUGUUGUUGACCAAAUUGCAUAAUUAUAUUGUUGUGGUUCUUGGAAUGAUAUAAUAUUUUAUCUUUAUUGCGACGAUGUAUUUUAUUUUUAUUUUUAAAUUUAUUUAUUUGAGGUAAUCCAUUAUCAUAUGUUAUUUUUAGAUUUCUUGUGUAUUGCGGUUCGUCAAAACUUUGUAAUUAAUUUCUUUAAUUAAAA